CUCUUACGAUAACUGCACAUCAGACCUCCAAGUAGUGCCAAAUAACAUGUGUAUUAUCGUUUUCUGCGUCCUGAAACUUACAGAUAUCUAAAAUGAAACAGGCGCAGAAUGUCUGAGUCCGAAGCAACAAGAAGACUGGCGGCUGCUGUCGAGGCGGGUGACGAGGAGGCCGUCUUGGCGGCGCUACGGGAAGGGGCAGACUGCGAGUACCUGUGUCCCCAUGACGACCCGGACUGCCACGGGGGAACGCUGCUUUUUAAGACCGUUGUAAGAGGUCACACCCAUUUAGUCCCAGUACUAACAAGGGCGGGUGUGAAUGUCAAUGGGCGGGGGAAGGUAGGGUACACGCCCCUCCAAGCCGCUGCUGCCUGUGGCGGUUCCUCGAUCAUUCCCUUCCUGGCAAAGGCUGGUGCGGACAUCGACUGCAUGUCCACCGGAGGUUUCGCCUUCACCGCCAUGCAUAUGGCAGCAUAUAGAGGCGAUGAAGCCGGCAUCGCUGCCUUGCUCGCUUCGGGCGCCAACAUCGAUGUAUGCACACCAAGGAAAUUCACGCCCCUGCACACUGCUGCCCAACAUGGCCACGAUCACCUGGUAAUUCUCCUCAUCGAGUCUGGCUGUGACCGUCAUGCCCGGUCGUCUACGGGUAUGACAGCUCUCCACAUGGCAGCCAUGCAGGGCCUCAAGAGCACGGCCAAGCUGCUCCUCAAGUAUGGGCUGGACCCCAAUGCGCGAGAUGAGAAUGGGCACACUCCAGAUAAUUGCGCAGAUGUGUGGGGGAUGAACGACAUCCGCUGGUGGUUCCUGAAACUCCAAGACUCAAAUCCGACAUCAAUACCCAGGAGGAAACUGCAUGCAGAUAGCCAAGAGGUAUAUGAAUAUGACCAUGGGAAGCUGAGUUCAAAUGUGCGUGCGCUGGAGUGGUUUAUCCUCAAGGAUGUAAUUCCCAGGACCCGUGAUGGCCAUUACCAGGAUUCCCGCGGACACACCUUCCUGCAUUUGGCUGCCAUUUUAGGACACCAAAAGACAGUUAAGGUCUUGGUUGAAAUGUGCGGCGUGUAUCCUGGGGUGCUCACCCACCGAGGCCAAACAGCAGACGAAUUGGCACGCCAAAAUGGUCAUUUUCAAGUUGCAGAAGCUCUUAUCCAGGCUAGGAAACGAGAUGAGACAGGAAAAAGUCAAGAGGAGUUGUAUGGAGAGCUGCUAGUUGUAAUCAGCACUGGUGAUGAUGUCAAGAAAGCAUCUGCACUAGUGAAGGCAGGUGCCCCUCUGGAGCCCACAGGAGAGUACAGUACCCACAGCCUUGUUCUCGCAGUCACAUCCAACCGGCCGAGGAUUGUUAGUUUUCUGUUAGCUGCCGGGGCGUCUGUCAACAUCACGUUUCACCGACUCAAUCUAGUGCAGGUCGCAUGGCUAUCUCCUGAUGUAACCGCUAUGGUCAGCAUGCUCAUCACCAGGCACAUGGAGAAUGUCUUGCAGGAAGAAAAAACACACUGUGAAUCCGCCGAGUUGCGUGAUGGCAUUGAUUGCUUGCUAAACGCCUUGCGGAGUCGGACACCAUGGAAGGCAGCAUGGCCCACUCAGUCAUCAGGCAAGCCACAGCAGCAGCAGCUCCUCACCAGCCUCAUGGUCGAAACUGCACGGACCAACUGUACCUUGACGGCCCUUUUCCUACAGCAGGCGGGAGCACUGGCUCACGGGAACGAUAUGUGCAGCGGGAUGUCUCCCAUGGCGGCGGCAGUUCAGGAGGGACACGAGAGGUUCAUUCACUUCAUGGCCAAGACCACGGCCAGUCUUUACAUUAAGGACACUACUGGCCAACUUCCACGGGAUUUGCUCUCACCUUCCCGAAGACAAGAGCUGGAAAAGAUGAUUUACGAGCAAGAAAUGAGAGUGUUAAAUCAUCAGGAGGAAAAGACAAAGGACGAAGAAGAUAAAGAGCUUUUCAGGAAGAUCCAGGACCUCCAUCAUGACCUGUACCAAAGGCACCUGAUCCCUGGAGUCACCCUGUCAGAGACACCUACAUAUGAAAAGACCAUUGUAAGAAGAACGCUUCUGGUGGCGUCGCAACUUGGCCUCGUGCAGCUUCCGUUUAUUUUGAUAACGAAGGGGCUCAUUUCGGUGAACGAGGAGGUUGAUCCCAUCACAGGGACGACUGCGCUGCAUCAGGCUACUGCUUAUGGUCACAAGAACCUGGUAGCCUUCUUACUGAACCUUGGAGCCGACCUCACCUGUAGGGACACUGGAGGACACACACCUGCACACUUGGCAGCCAUGUUUGGUUACUUGACCUACAAACAGCUGUGGUCACUUCAGCUGAGAGAAAAACUAAUUUGCAAGGCAGGGACUACACCUUCAGAUAUAUAUCGGAACUUCGGCCUUUACUUGAAGAAAUAUCGUAAGUCUGGGGAAAUAAAUGACCUUCCAGACACAAACGACCCACUAAUGGUGUUCCAAAACCACUUUCAUUCUCUCACGUUACCCAAACUCACUGAAAUGACUGUAGAAGAUUCAGUGAAUUUCAGUAGUGGUGAGGCGGCUGAAGUAAAGAACGCAGUCAUGGCCGAACUUGAGAUCAUCAAAGGAAAGAUGGCAGAAGAAAACCCAGUGUUUAACGGGAGUCUAAAACUCCUGGGGAGCUCUCGAGACAACACUCGCCUUUUUGCCCCUGAUGAAUUCGAUGUCAAUCUGGUCAUCUCACACCUUCCGGAAGUGAAGGUGGAAGUUUGUGAAUUGCCAAAGCUCAAGGCCAUUGCAAAGGGACAUAAACUAUGCAUCAAAGUGGAAAGUGAAGAUCCAGACUUUGAGAAGAAUCUUGAAGCCACUGUCUGGAAGAACACUUUCUACAAUUUGAUGUAUGAAGCAUUGAAACACCACCAUUUUCGUGAUCCUCGCCUCAGCCUCGUGCCUCCAGGGGUGACAAGGACCCAGGUGGGUGUGGCGAUCCAAAUGGCGUGGCAGGGAUCCGAGUAUCCCCUUCUCCUGAUUGGUGUGGAUCUCGUCCCUGUCAUCGCUACUCCUUGGCCGCCAGACUUCCCCAAGCCGUAUCUCACCCCGUUACAAGCAGAUAAGGAGACACUGGGCAUCACCAACAUAGAGGACUCUCAGUGGAGGUUUUCCUUCGCCGAAACCGAAGCAGUCAUCCUACAGGACCUCUCUCCUGAAGAACGGCGAGUCUACAUGACCUGCAAGACACUCCUGUACACUUUCAAGGCCGAGCGUUGGAUGCCUCGCGAAGUCAAGAACAGAUACAGCUGGUGGGACUGUCGGCCGUGGAAGAUCGCCACCCCACCUGGCUUCGCCCUUAAGAACUGCUUCUUCAUGCGACUGGAAGAAAAGAGAAGGCGAGGAGAAAAGUGGGAGGAAGGUGCCCUGGUCAGCCUAAUGGCAGACGUCUUCCGUCUGAUGUGCCAUCACUUCCAGAAAAAUGGAGAUGAAGCAGCUUAUUUGGUGCCUUCGAAAGUACCAGCCUAUUUCGGCGGGGAUUUUGAGAAGCCAAAAGUAGGCUUUGGAGCUGUGCAGAUCGUCAAGUUCCUGGAGUCUAUCAUGUAAGUUUCUGUGUAUAUAUAUAUAUAUACGACAUGCAAUCUAUCACACACGCAUGCAUGCACACUCACACCUAUAGGCACUCAAAGAUGCGCACACAUGAAAUUGCUGAAUUGCAUGAAUAUUUCUACUUAAACAGCUAUAAAGGUAUACUUUCAAUCUGCAUUUUUCUGAGAUCGUGCUAGUAUGGAAAUAAGUCAAUAUUAGUAAUAUAUUAAUAAAUGAAUAGGUUAUUC